CAUACAUACACAAACAGCGUACAAGACUCAACCACUCCCUCCUUGUUUGUUUAUAUACCUUGGCACCACCAAGGCAGCACCCUGUAAACUAACUACCAAAGCCGAAGAAGGCGGCUUGCCCUGCCCGUCGCCUUGGUGCCGCGCGCGCCAUGGCCAAGAGCAAGUCGUCCGCCAAGGCCGGCCCCCCGCUCCUCGGCAAGUACGAGCUCGGCCACCUCCUCGGCCGGGGCAACUUCGCCAAGGUAUACCACGCGCGCUGUCUCGGCGGAGGCGACCCCGUGGCCGUGAAGGUGCUGGACAAGGCCGGGUUGGCCGCCACGGGCAUGGCGUCGCGUCUCCUGCGCGAGGUGUCCGCCAUGCGCCGCCUGAGCCACCCCAACGUGCUCCGCCUCCACGAGGUGCUGGCGACGCGCUCCAAGGUGUACCUCGUGAUGGAGCUGGCCCCGGGCGGGGACCUCCUGACCCGGCUGGCGUCGCUGCCGUCGCGCAGGCUCCCCGAGCACGCGGCGCGGCGCGUGUUCCUCCAGCUGGCGUCGGCGCUCAUCUACAGCCACGCGCGCGGGGUGUUCCACCGCGACGUGAAGCCGCAGAACGUGCUGCUGGACGCCGAGGGCAACCUCAAGGUGUCCGACUUCGGCCUCGCGGCGCUCCCGGACUCGGUCCGCGACGACGGGCGCCUGCACACGGCGUGCGGCACCCCGGCGUUCGCGGCGCCCGAGGUGCUCCGGCGCAGGGCCUACGACGGCGCCAAGGCGGACGCGUGGUCCUGCGGGGUCAUCCUCUUCGUCCUCCUCGCGGGCCACCUCCCCUUCGACGACGCCAACAUCGCCGACAUGUGCCGCAGGGCGCACCGCCGGGAGUACACGGUCCCGCGGUGGGUGUCGCAGCCGGCGCGCCGCCUCGUGGCGCGCCUGCUGGACCCGAACCCGGCGACGCGCCUCGCCGUCGCGGAGCUCGCCGGCCACCCCUGGUUCAAGCGCUCGCUCAGCGUGGACUCCCAGCUCGGCGGCCUCCUGGACGGCCAGGCGGAGCGCGAGCUGGCGUUCCAGGCCCCGCCGGCGUUGAACGCCUUCGACAUCAUCUCCAUGUCCCCCGGGCUGGACCUGUCGGGCCUGUUCGGCGAGGGCAGGCGCCGCCGCGAGAAGCGGUUCAUGACGACGGCGUCCCCGGAGCGGGCGGUGGAGCGGCUCGCGCAGGCCGGCGCGAGGCUCGGCUACUUCAUUGUGGGGAAGAAGGGGGCCGAGCGCCUGCCGCUGGGCGUCCUGCCGGGCCUCGUGGCCAUGUCGAUGGAGAUGUCGGAGGUGUCGCCGGAGCUGAUGCUGGUGGAGCUGAGGCUGGAGGGCGGCCACGGCGACGAGGACGAGGCGUUCGGGUGGGAGGAGCUCCGGGUUGAGCUGGGGGACGUGGUAACAGCAUGGCACGUGAGUGAAGAAGGUUAAAAAUUCGCAAGAGGAAAUGCGAGAACGAUUUCGCAGGUGUAUCAGUGUAGCAUGUAUAGCCGUAUAGCAAGUGCGCAUCUCAUCUCGUGUACGUGAAAUUAGUUGGUUAGGACGAACAGCAGCGUGUGAUGUUGGGGAUUAACUAGACUGGUAGUUUCAAUCAAAUGUGUGAUGUUUGGGAUUAUUUGUCAAAUUAGUACGUAUACUAAAGACCUUACUAGGUACCUCGCGUGAUUGUUGUUCAAGUGUACUAGCUACCAAGCUAGUGACAAGAAUGUUGCAAGGAUAUACCAGAGGAAACUGUUUCAAA